AUGAAAUUCGCAGCAGUAGUUAGCACUCUCCUCCUUGCGGGUAGCGCCUUGGCCGCCCCAAACACAGCCAAGCGACAAGAGGCCCACCGAAGGCGGGCUGAGGGCAAAUCGAGCAAGCCAGUCCAGUAUGUUAAAAAUGAAGAUGGCAGCAUCAAGACCGGUAUGAACAGCAACGACACUUUUGUGUCUUACUCCACGAACUGGGCCGGUGCUGUUCUCAUUGGAACCGGCUACACGUCCGUGACUGGAACGUUCACCGUCCCAACUCCAUCGACCGCUGGCUCUGGCGCUUCAUGGGUUGGCAUCGACGGCGACACUUGCGGCACUGCCAUUCUGCAGACCGGCAUUGACUGGACCAAGUCCGGCUCGUCUGUUACUUACGACGUUUGGUAUGAGUGGUACCCCGACUACUCGUACGAUUUCUCGGGCAUCAGUAUCUCUGCUGGAGACACCGUCAAGGCCACCGUCACGGCAACCAGCAAGACUGGCGGAACCGCUGUUGUCGAGAACGUGACCACCGGCAAGACCGUCACACACACUUUCAGUGGCGAGAGCAGCGAGGGUGACCUUUGCGAGUACAAUGCUGAGUGGAUCGUUGAGGCGUAUGAGGAGAAUGGAUCCCAGGUCUCGCUGGCCAACUUCGGAACCGAGACUUUCAGCAGUGCUUCGGCUGUAAAGAGUGGAACGUCGGUUGGACCCAGUGGUGCUACUAUCAUCGAUAUGCAGACUAGCAGUGGCACCACCGUUGUUACGUGCACUGACACUAGCUCAAGUGUCAAAUGCGUGUACGUUUAA